AUGACUGCCAAGAGUCGUUUCACGGUGCUUUUCGAAGAAGCAGAAGAUGUUGGCAAUCAUUUGCGCACAGAUGACUACAGUCUUACUGUUGAUGGAGGUCCUACUGCUAUAACACAACAUAGAUGGACAUGGGGGAAUGCAAGUGACGACAACGAUGACAUUACCCGUAUAACUUGGCGGGCGGGAAAACUUAGGACUUCAAAUCUAUCCGAGGUAAUCAGUUCUGUACUGAGCCCAGGGUUUAACGUCUACAAGUCCCUAGGUGAGCCAUUGGAGAAAAGUGUAGACACGCCACUGUUCAAAUCCUUCCAUAGUGAGUCUUUCGAUAUCGAUAGUUUCCUGCCAGUGGAUUCAGAGGCUAGAUCAUUGCCAUGGAAUGCGGAAGACUGUGAUUUAGACAUUCGGUUAAGAAGCAACUAUACUGAGGUGGCACAAUGGUGUCCUUUACAUGAAAAUGAAACUGUGACAUUUAAGAGGGAAACAGGCAUCGAUUCGAGCCAGGCAGGUCUCUUUUACUUAGAUUCGAGAGACGACACUCUAGUGAAUUUGAGUGGACUAACAUGUAAGUGGAAUGCGAGUGGUAAUAUCGAGAAAUGUCAAAAGACCACACUGUUUUACAAGACACCGCAUAUGCCAACAGUCUCUUUGGAAACAGCAGUAGUUGAAUUGGAAACACCAGUUGGCCUUCAUCCUAAACUCAUGGUCAAUCUAACAAGCGCAAAGGCAACUGACAAAUGCGAAUACUACAUGCUCCUACAAUUACCAGUGGAUGUAUUCGUGGACAAAUAUCAAUCAACACCUCUAUUCGUAUUCGGAGAGCAUGAUUUGGAGCUUCCUGAAUAUAAGCUAAGAGAUAAAUCUUGGGGAUCUGAAUCACUUUUUAGAAUGGAACCGGGCAUGCUCAAUGAGCUUACUUUGCACUCUAGAUACGUGGAACCCGUCGUUGGGGAAGAGGCCAAGAUAAUAAGUUUCACACCUGUUGUGUUCCAAGCUUGUGACAGUGAUCAAGAAGACCUCCUUAGAAAUCCUUUUUAUUCGAAGGGAAUGGGAUAUGAAUCGUAUUUCACUCCCAAUACGGUAUUUACACAUUUCAAUUCGCAGACCCUAGAAGUCCCAAUUCCUAAGCCAGACCUGCUUUACUAUGAUGCUACGAAAUUCGCGACGUUAGCGUGCUUGCUUGUCUCCAUGAUAUACAUCUUGUCUAAGGUGGUUGGGAAGCCACGCUCUAGAAGACAUUCCGCUAGGUGA